UCGAGAUGCAUGACAAGCGGAAGAAUCUCAGCAUACAGUUGCAUACGCUUCCCUGGUCGGGGUAUCUCGCUGUUCACUUUUUAAUUUCUCGGAGUUACCACAAUGUCAAACACGAAGGUGACGCUGCUAUUCGCUCAUGGCGGCGGGUUCUGUAAGGAAACUUGGGAUCCGAUCAUCCGUCGACUGAAGGAGUCGCAGGUUGUGCAGAAUGUUCCGACGGAGAUCGUCACGUUCGACUUCCCGUAUCAUGGUGACAAGCACGAUCCGGCGGCGGUGCAGUCGUUCGAAGUGGAUCUUAGCAACCCGAAAGCUCCCCGGGUGUGGAAUAAUACACACGAUCUCGUCGAGUGGGUGGCUGGCUCUGUACAGGAGCAGGUGGCGAACUGGAAGGAGAAGACCAUGACGGAAGACCCCGAGGGCAAAACGCAACAUAAACUCAUUGGUGUCGGCCAUUCCAUGGGCUCGGCCGGGCUCUGGGCUACCGAAGUCGCUCAUCCGGGCACCUUUGACAGCCUUAUUCUGUUCGAGCCCGUGCUGGCCCAAAACUCGCCGGAGACAGACUACAUGAUCGACUUUAUGGUCGGGUUGACACUUCAACGUGGCAAGUCGUGGCCCUCUCGUGCUGCAGCUGAAGAACAUUUCUACAACUUGAGGAACUUUGCCAAAUGGGACCGUGAGACCCUCGCUGGAUACCUGCAAGGCGGUCUAGUUGAGGCUGAUGACGGUACUGUCACCCUGGCUUGUCACCCGAACAUCGAAGCGUCCUUGUACUGCCAACCGCCUCUGUGGUUGACGGAGCACGAGCUGCAGCAGCCGAAAUGCCCCAUCACUUUCCACUGGGGAUCGCGCUCUAAAAUGUGGUUCCGCGACCGAUUUGAGGCGUUGCAGAGUAAAUCGCCCCACAUCUACACGAUGCGAGAACCUAUGGAGGGCAAUUCGCACGUGUUGGUGCUGGAGAACCCGAAGCUUGCAGCAGAGAAGAUCGCUCAGGAUCUCGCGGAGAUCGAGCCAUUUACAGCGGCGCCUAAAGACAACUUGCCUUAGGGUGUCACCGUUGAGGUAUGAACGAAAACACUUUAUUUGAAUUUAUGCAGUAGUUUCACUAGGAUUAAAUCCGAGGGAAAUUUUGUGGAUUGUCAACUUUCAGCCAACGAACUCAAACUUUUCUUGCGAGUUGAAACAGUCAAGUGUUUUGAUGCUGUCGAGAAUGGCCCUUGCGCAUGCUUUUGGGUUCUCCAUCACCAGGUUGUGUGAGGUGUUCUCCAUCGGAAAAUGGUUCGUGUAGAUCCAAGGCCAGCGUUGUUCCAGUUUCUCGAAAUAGUCAUGUGCAAACACUUUCGAGCGAGCUCCUCCGUAAAAUGAAACUGGACACGAAAUCUUUGCCAGUUCAUG